AUGGAGGAUUCGAAUGAUGAUGUCACCCUUACUUCAUUUCGCCCAAUCAGUCCAGAAAAUUCCAAAACGGGUUUUUCUUUAGCUCGAUUUUUUCAGAGAAAACGUCAUGAUACAAGAGUGGAAGGCAAGGUUAAUGCAGCAAAGAGCCAACGUCUAGCAAGCCCUCUGACAAGUCCUCGAAGCUCUCCUAAACUAAAGAAGCGAACGAAAAGUCCAGAGCCGUUGUACCGAUCAUGGUCAUCAGCUUUGCCAUUGGUCGGUCACAGGACCAGCGCGCACAGCACGUCUGUACCCGCGCGGCGUGUCUCGCCUGGUUAUCGCAACGUGCACGCCGUGCUUGGCCGUUUAAAUGCGGCAGCAGGCGAGAGAGGACAGGUAAGGCUCGAUCUUUUAGUUAAAUCGUGUAAUACGUCCACCUGGUAAAAUUUCUUCAUAGCCCCAUACUAUUGUAAAACAAAUCUGUAUUCCCAAUGGCAAUGUAUUGUUUUUGUCAUUGUUUUCUCUAUUCGAGAACUGAAUGCAUAAUGUAGUAUGGGGCUGUGUGGAAAUUUUACCUGUCCACCUUUUGAUUAAUGAUCAGCGGUAACAAUGAGUUAUGGCAAAAGGAGGGGGGCGUUGGGAUUUUUGGUUUUGCAGUUUUGGCUAUUUUAGGUCAGUUUAUGUGUAAAAAACCUUGGUUUUUCGGUUUUGGUGUUCAUUGCGGUUUACAGAUUUAUUGGUUUUUGGUUUUCAUGAAAAAUACUAACAGGUUUUCGGUUUUUCCUAUUUGACCUACUUUAUUUGGUUUUGGUUUCUCCUUGAUCUGAGCAGCAAUUACGCACCUCCACUGAUCUUGCUUGAUGCAAAUGUUAUUGAGAGGAAUGCAUGACAAACCAAUUGAAAUAUUGCAGGGAUCCCUAGGGGGUUCACACAUCUUGAAUGACACCCAAGACUUUGAUCAUGCAUCUAUAGGGUUUCACGCAUCUUGAAUGACUCCCAAGCCUUUGACCUUGUAGAGCACUUAGGUCAAGGUUGAUCAAUAUGUGAACCAUGUCUUCCAACGUGCCAAACACACUGGUAAUGGAAGGAGGUCGAUUGUGGAUUGUGUUGUAUUUACGAAGAGGGGAAAGGCGGCAAGAAUUUCAGAGAGAAAAACAGGUUUAGAUGCAAAGUAAAAAUUGCAAUCCUAUAGAGGACUCUAUAGGACUUUGGUGUAAAUUUCCUUAAAUUAACUGGGUUCCAUUACCAGCUGCUGAGUCCGCAGACACCACACUUGAGAUCCUCAAGAGAGCAGCUGAAAUAAAGCCUAUAGUUUAAGUAGGUACUAGAAGAUACGAAUGCCAAGUCCAUGGCAUUCACAAAUACUGUAGUGAAAUUAGUGCAGUUUACUCUUUAUGCUCCACUUGUCACCACUGUAUUGGAUCGAUAAGGGUUUUAACAACUAGGAUGUGAAAAUGUAUAGGUUUUGACAGUUUUGCAUGUGGUUUUCAGUUUUGAAUGAUUUUUUCCUUUGGUUUUGUGAUUUCUGAUAGGCCCAAAUGUCCCCCUCCAGAAGAUAACAGGAAGAAGAUCUCCAUGCCUAGAGCAAAAAGUCUUAGCACAUUAGUGAACUUUUCAAUAAUGCAUUUUGGUGACUUUUUCGCCUUAUUUUUCAUUCCAAUCCGGAAAAAUUGACCCUUUUACUCCAUAGAUGUUAAUGUUGAUUGUGGGAAUUGUCUUAUAGAUUUCUUACAAUUUUGGCCUCAAGAAUUUGGUUUCAAAUAAACUAAUAGUUUCUAACUCUAAUGCCUAAAACAACAGUUUAAUUACUCACAAUGUCUUUCUUUCAGCUACGACAAGAGUAUAAAGAGAGUGAUUUCAAGCAAUAUUGGAUGCCAGAUGACCACUGUAAAGAAUGUUAUGAGUGUGGUGAAAAGUUCAACACUUUUCGUCGUCGGCAUCAUUGUCGUCUUUGUGGCCAGAUAUUCUGCUACAGGUGUUGUUAUCUGGAGAUUCCAGGGGUGAUCAUGGGUUACAAUGGUAAAAAGAAGUUUAUUGAGUCUUGAUUUAAUGUUUAUUUAAUGAAAGAGUGAUCUAAGGUAAAGCAAAAGCCAAAAUUCUAAUUUUGACUUGGAAAACAGUGAAUGAAGACCUACUUUGUGGAAGUAACACACCCAAAUUCAAUUUAUGGUAUUACCGUAGUUAUUCGGUUACAGGGCGCACCGUUUUUUUCAAGAAAUUCCUAAUUUCUACUAAAAAUUACCGCCAAAGUUUGGGUGUGUCUUAUAGGCAAAAAAAUUUCCCGAAACAAUUUUUUUUUAUCACAGUUACUGGUACGAUUUCAAGCAAAUAAAAUGACGCACACACAUUGACUUUUAUGAAUAUGGUGGUUCUGAAAAGAUAAGCGAAGUCAAAUUUGCAUAGAUGUGAUACGUGCUCGAGAGCAAGUGCUUAGUAAUUUGAUAAGUCACAAAACGAAACGAAAAUAAACAAGCGAAGAGGUAAAUACCUUCUUCAUCCUUUCAGCCUUUAUAGUGCACUGAGACCUGCAUUCUCGGCAGUACAUCUUGUUUAAUCAAGGCUUUUGUUUGUGUGCGUGGUCGCGUGUGCGAAAAUUCUGCUUUUGUUGAUUAACGGUAAACUAAAAUCAAUAUGCGACUUUUUCGCUUUUUUGUAAGUUUAUGAAAGAAUUUACAAUAAACUUGACCGAUCUUUACUCCCCAAACAACGGUGCGCCUUAUAACCAAGUAUUUUAGCGAUUUUCUCAGUUUGAAAACAUGCAAUAAUGAAGUUGCCGAAUUGUGAGUGCGUCUUAUAGCCGAGUGCGCCUUGUAACUGAAUAACUACGGUAUGUAUCAGUGAUCAUUCAAAUUUUAUAUAUGAUAGCAAACCACAGAGCCAAAUGCUUCUCUGUUAUUUAUUAACCCUUUAACUCCCAUAGUGACCAAGAAAGAAUUUCUCCUUACAAUAUCAAUACAAUAUCAAUCAGAUAAGUGAUGAGAAUAAAGACAAAUAUCAAUUUGGGGAUAAUUAGUUGAUCCAAAACUAAAUUCUCUCAACUAACAUUGUAAGAACUAUAUGGUUGACAGUAAGGAGAAUUAUAAAUUUGGUCUGGGAGUUAAAGGAGUAAGAGGAGCGUCUGAUCGUAAAAUCUGAAGGUCUGAGGGUUUAAUACAGUAUUGGGACUCAUAUGCCUGGCAAAUAAAUGAUACAUGUAGCUGUCAUUAUUUGAUAAUUCAGCUCACAUGAGGUCAUCUUUCCUAUAUUAAUUUUACUGGUGACUAGAAUGCUUCAUCAUAACCUUACCUAGAGAUAUAGUGAGUUAAAAAGAUUUGCAAAGAUAAAUCAGUGGCAAACUUCCUUGUUAAGUCUGUUUCCAAAACUCAGCAUGGCCAUCUCAGUGGAUGACUAGACACUAUCUUGGAUAUGGGUGAACUUGAAUGUUGUAUAUCAUCCAUCCUAGUGUCCACUUUAUGGCAUGUAAAAGAUCUCUUUCCUAACUUAAUUUUGAAGGGUCUAUCUAGAACACGGACAGCAGAAAUAAAGGUUUUGUUUGUCUUUAAAAAUGGUGACCAACUUUUUUCGAAUUGAAAAAUUUAAGUGGCUAUUAAAAAAAAAAAAUAAAAAAUAAAUUUCACACCCUGUUGUAGAGGGUGAUACAGUUGCCAAUAUUUUAAGUAGCUAUGCCUCUGAUGAUUUUAAUUAGCCCUUUAGUCUAGGAAUAAUAUUAUGUUGUUCUUUAUGCCAGGGUUUUUAAGGGUGUGUAUUUACUGUCACAAUGUCGUGCAUCACUACACCCAGUCAUCUGAUUUAAAUGCGGUGCGGAACCUGGAACAGCUACAGGCUGACGUGGGUGCUAUCAGCUCUGAUCCAGAUCUCAGUGCCAGCAACACCAGCAACAUGAACUUGAAUGUUCCCAAGGGCUAUCCCUUUGAUUUUGAUGAUGAUGAGAACUUCUGUGGUCCACCAACCCUUAGGAAAAUCAGCAGCUCAAGUGGGACAGGGAUGAGUUCUUACUAUGAGAAGCUGGAACCAAAAGAUAGGCCAUCACCCAUGCCAGGAAGGAGACCUUUUGAUGCAUUUGGAGUAUGUGCAGCAGAGGCUGACAUGUUGAAGCAGGUUAGUGGUAGCUUGUUGGAUGGCGACUUCUCAUACAAUGUACUUGUAGCAUGAAAAUUUAGGAACCUGUUUGUGUAGAUCUUUGACCAUCCACAAAAAAACUUUGCAAUAUUUGCAAAAACCUGUAAAAUUUUCAGCUUAGAUGGCUGCAGACCUGUAAAUUGGACAUUGGAAUAAUAAAUGGUUACCAAUAAAUAAAUGUUACAUUAAAAAUUUAUUUUGGGAGAAGAACAUCAUGAACAAUCACCUGCACCCUUUGAUCUGGUCUCAAGUUUCCAUCAGUUGACACAUGUAGUGGCCUUACAGUUAGUGUGGUGGACGGCAGGUUUAGAGGUCUGUGUACAAGACCUGGUCAGGGCAUCGUUUUAUAUUCAUAGGCAAAAUACCUCACCUUCACAGUGUCUCUGUCAUGGGCCAAAUGGUAAUUAAGGAUUAAUUUCAUGCCUAUUUUCAAAGUUGCAACAAGAGCAAUUUCAGGAAAACUUUAAAAAUAAAAGUGAAACUAAUCCUUAAUUGCCUGAGGGCAUAUGCAAUUACUUGUUUACCACAUACAGAGCAAAAUUUUUGAGGGAAUUGCAUUCACGCAUGAUGUCCAUGAGAUGAAGCCUUUUCAAUGCUGCUGCAAAUGUCGAAACAAACUUAACUGACCAACAGAUUCAAUGAACAUUUUAUUCUCAAAAUACAGUAAACAGUAUUACACGACUUCAUUUAGUUAAAUCAAAAAAUUGUUGUUGCAACAGCAAAAAGGCUCAUCAGUAAUCGUGCCCUUUAAUUACCAAAAGUGUCCUCAUGAUUAAGAAAAAAUGCCCUCUCUGUUAGCCAAUCAGUAUUCAGUAAUUUUGCCCCACGCAUGAUAAAUUAUGUAAAUGUGUCUGAGAAAAUUUUGAAAGAUUACUUUUGAUCAUGUAGGCUACUAAAGUAUAAUGAAAUCUUUUCUAAUACCCAGAAGUAUCAGUGGGUACUGGCCAACUGUCAGGGAUGCCUGAUGAUAUGCUUGGGAGGGGAGGGGGGUAACCUUGCAGUGAACCAGCAUUUCAUUCAGGAGGGAGAGGUAAAACUCACAGUUGCAUCAUGCUUAGGCCUUUUACUAGUUUACUUACUAUCAAGCUACUGGGAGUCUGUGCUUCCAUUUGCCUUGGAAGGCUCUGUAUAUGCAGUUAAUUUGUUUAAAAAAUAUUAAGUGAAAUGUCUUGUUUUACAAUGUACGUUUUAUUUUAAUUUUUCACCUUUGCCAAUCAAGGAUUCUUUCCGAGAAUUAUGGAAUCAAAUAAUGUCUCCAAGAUCUGGGCUGGACCUGCAGAGUCACAGGUUUCGUUUAAGGACUUAUCAAAAUUGUUUAGUUGGAAGUGAGUUGGUAGAUUGGUUCCUUACGCAUGAAAAGGCAUCCACAAGGUACAGCCCUACAGUAAUAAAUGACUCUAAACUUUAUACUUUCAGAUUACUCAAACCCUUUAACACCCAAGAUCUGAUUUUAAUUCUCCCAUUUAGCUGUUACACAUUUCCUUACAAGAAUUUGGUUUUUAGAUCAAGAUGGCAACUCCUACCUGAUAGGUUUGAGUAUUCUCAUAACCUGUUUGCUGGGUAAUGUAUGGGUAUUGUGAGGAGAAUUUACAUGCUAAUCACUUCUGGGAAUUAAAGGGUUAAGUUUGUUAACAUUGAGAUGUUUAGAAUUUUCAGAAUGGUGUUUGAGACACUUUAAACCCUAAGAGUGACCAGUAUCUAAUUUCUCCUUACAGUAAUGCUGUUAAACCAUUCAUUAAGAUCAUGAGAAUAAAGGAAAUGAUUGCUAACCCUAAGAAGCUUUGAUCUUCAAAUUAAUUCUCCUUGUCAGUAUCAAAAGAGACAUAUGUAGAAGAGUAGGGAGAAUAUGGAUACUGAUGUUAGGAUGCAAAGGGUUAGCUGCUUUUCAAAAGCCAGUGGAAAUUUGUAUCAAAACUGACUAAAGGAAUUAGUAAAAUACCCAAAACAAUAACAACUGCAAUGAUAAAACUUGUAUUAAACUUUUAACUCCUAAGAGUGACUAGCGUCCAAUUUCUCCUUACAAAAUCACCCUUGAAUCAAAUACUAAGGUCAUGAGAAUAACUGAGAUAAUCACCAACUAAAGAAGCUCUAGAUUGCUAACCAAAUUCUCCUUGUCAGCACCUUAGGAAAUGUAUAGGGAACAGUAUGGAGAAUAUGCAUACUGAUGUUAGGGUGUGAAGGGUUAAUCCAAACCAAAGAGAGAUGAUGGGGGCCUGGAAAGAAAACCUGCCAAUAACAAUAACCAAAAGAUGUUUUCUUUUUAUUAAAACUGAAAACCUUGCAACAGCAAAGGGAAAAAGUGAAAACCACAAAUUGAGGAAGCUUAAAACCAGAGAACUAACUCUGAGGCAAAAUUGAAAGAACUGAUUCAUUAAAAAGAUAAUAAUGAAAUAAAAAACCCUUCAUGUUAUGCUCUGUUCUUUGAAGAAAUCAAAAAAAGAAUUGAUUUCAUCUUUGUCAAAUAACUUUUACAUCAGACAUAGAGCAAUGUGGUUCAAUUUUCAAGGAAUUUUCAUAUUUUUUCCUUUUAUUCAUUUUUCUCUAUUUUAUGUUCAUUAUUGGAUGUGAAAUAUCAUUUCCAAGUUUAAAAAGAAGAAAGAAAAUUAAAAUUAAAAGUUCAAGAAAUGCCAAGUUUAGGAAUAUUACAUACAGGCUGUAGUCACUGUGACUGUGACUGCAAAUCUAAUAACAUGAGAAUGUUUCUAUGGUACUGGAAGAAAAUGCAAGAGAAAGUUUGCUAAAACAGGACUUAAUUAUGGGAAUAGAAAAAAUUGAUUUAAUAUCGUUUUGUUAACUUAGUAGCUCAUUCAAAUUGUAGAAAUUCACAAAUAGUUAACCAAGAAGAGAAAUAUAUUUAAGAUGACAGAAAAAAGUCACUACCUGUAGGAAAAUAGACCAUUAUGGAGAUGUCCCAAUCCUUUGUUUUAAAACAAGGUCAUAUGGCAAGCCUUUGAAAUGAAAAUAAAUUUUUGAUAUCAAGCAAACAAAUUUCCUUUCCACAAGUUUUUCUCAAGGCCUCGUUUUGAAAGUCAGAUCAUUUAGAAAUUGGAAAUGGCCUGCUUGCAUAUUAAACUGUAUAAUCCUUUCACUCCCACAAGUGACCAAGACAGAAUUUCUCCUUUCAAUAUCAGUACAAUAUCAAGCAGACAAGUGAUGAGAAUAAAGAAAAAUAUCAAUUAUGGGAUUAUUAGCUGAUCCAAUACCAAAUUCUCUGAACUAACAUCUUAAGAAUUGUAUGGCAGACAGUAAGGAGAAUUACCAAUGAAAUCUUGGAAAUGAAGGGUUAACUUAUUUGAUUCACUCAUAACCCAUUCACUGGGUUUUACAUUAUCAGGUCAAAGUUAGGUACACUAUGAUUGACUGUUAAAUUCUCUUUUCAACUAUAAUUUUUACAGGGAUAUUAUAAUGGAAAUUGGCCACUGUGAAGAGUUUAGAAACUGAUGUUUCAAGCGUUGGCCCCUAGUUAGAGCUAUUGAUUAAAGGGCUAAGGCUCUGUUCCAUCACUCUGACAAAAGGGCUAAUGCUCAAGAUGUCAGCUUUGAAACUCUCUUCAGUGGCCAAUUUACAUUAUCAACUCAGGUGAUUAUACUUAAUACCCUGUUAUACUCUCCUACCAAUGCAGCACCACAGUUUCUUUAGAAACUUACCCCCUUUAUAAUUUAUAUAAUUUCUCUAGACAACAAGCAGUGAUGAUAGGACAAGGCUUACUGGAGUCUGGCUGGCUGGAACCUGUUCCAAACACUCGUGAUGGGGGAGCAGUAUUCAAAGAUGAAUAUAUCCUUUACCAGCCUGGAGUUGUAAGUACUGGUACAUGGCUUACCUUGCUCUGUACCCAUUUUGUGUAUUUUUACCCAAGCGCUGUGUGGAUUUGUAAUUCUCAAGAGAGAUAAAAGGGUUUUAAUUAAGAGAACUAAAAAGAUGAUUAAUGAGCAGAUUAGCAAGGGCCUUGGACUUUCAAUCUGGAAGUUCUUGGCUGCCAGUCGUGCUCUUAUUACCAGCAGGAGAUGAUUCUUGGUUGGAUUGUGUCCAGUUCCUGGGUCAACCAAACUGGUUUGCCUCAUGGAAGAUGGCCUUUUAACCCGUUAAAUCCCAAGAUCUGAUUGUUAAUUUUCCCCUCUAGCUUCUGAUCAUUUUCCUGCAACUUGGUUGCAAGAAUUUGCUGUUAAAUCAAGUUGAAAAUUUUAACCUAAUAAGUUUGAGUAUUCUCAUUACCUGUUUGCUGGAUAAUGUGUGGGUGUUCUAGGGAGAAGUUACAUGUCAAUCACUUUUGAGAGUUGAAGGGUUAAACGAUUUUGAGUUUGUUUGGAACCAUGUGUUUGUAGUUUCUUUUAUGUUCAUUCUUUGUGCAUGGAACUGUUUGAUCACUAGGAAUUGUGUCACCUCAAUAAUUACAUCUUUAUCUUUUAAGGCUGCAGCACGUGAGAUUUCCACCAAGAGACCGUCUUUAUUCUGGUCAGAUUCUGCUGAUAAAAACGAGCCACUGAAUGAGAGUGAUGAGAUACAAAACAUUCCUGAAAAUGUUGAUGAUGAUAAUGAUGAAAUGGUGCCGCACUGGUUUCGUCAACUAGAGCAGCAAGGAGUGGAAUCGGCCAUUGAAGAAUUUGACACUAGUUUCAGUCUUGAGGUAAGUUUUCGAUUUUUAUUUAGUUGAAAAGCUUGAGGUCAGAAUGUUCAAUCUACUUGUAUUGUUUGGUCUUAUUGAAGAUGUUGCAAAAAAGCUUCAUUUUUGGAUAUGACUUUAGUUUUAACCCUUUAACUCUCAUGAGUGACCAAGACAGAAUUUCUCCUUACAAUAUCAAUACAAUAUCAACCAGAUAAGUGUUGAGAAUAGAAAGAAAUAUCAAAUUUGGGAAUAAUUAGUUGAUCCAAUACUAAAUUCUCUGAACUAACAUCAUAAGAAUUGUAUGGUUGACAGUCACGAGAAUUACAAAUUUGGUCUGGGAGUUAAAGGGUUGAAUUUUUAAUUAGUAGAUUUUGAAAGAUAUUUCAUUCAAUGAAAAUGUGAAAAUGAAUGCAGUUUUAUGUUUCAAUGUGGUUUUAAACAUGAGUAAGAAAAGAUAAUGUUUGCUGGUGACACAUGAUUAAUGAAAGUGGAAUUGGUGUAAUUUUAGUAUGCUUAUAGAAAUAUGAAAAGUUGGUUGGUAUAUCAAAAUCUUUUUUUUUGCAAACUUUUACACCAAAUAUGAUAAGUGAUUAAUGAAGCAAAUACAGUCAUGUAACUAUACUCUCCUGUUAUGAUCCGACAUUUCCCUGAUAACAACUUUAAUUGAUUUGGUAGACAGAUGUGGCUUUGAACUUUUACCUAAUGUUUUUCACUUUUUAAGAAUAGACUGAUCCAAAAUAUGUCCACUUACCUAUUAAUCUACUCUUGCAUACUUUAUUUUUAUGCUUUGAAAUGCAACAAAGUUGUUGUGGCUAAUAAUUAAACUAUGGAAGCAGGAGAUAAUUCUCUUGGAAAGUGGUAUAUUUUUUUAUCUGAUCCAAUCAAAACUUCAAGUAACCAGGCUUACCCUUCAGCAGUACUCUUUUUUUUUUUUUGGUUUACACUUUGUCCACAGUGGUAAGAAUAUGGUUUCAAGUCCAUAGUCUGUUUACAUUUAUCUUUCAGGCACCUGGAAAAUUGAACAAUCAUAAAACAGGUAUUCUGAUCACUACCCUUGGCAAUACUUUAGUUUUUUUUUUUUUUUUUUUUUUUUUUUUUUGUGGGGGGGUCAGCAUUUUUCCUCCCUACAUUAAAAAAAACCCCUAGAAAUUGUAAUUAGGCCCUAAUAAAAAUUUUGGCUUCUUUCUUUGCAUUGUUUGCAAUCUUUUCUUGUAUUUAAUCAUGGUGCAAUCCCAAAAUUAUUCUUUUAGAUUCCUUAAAAUCUUGGGUAUUUUUUGGCAAAUUCUCUUGCAUUCUUGAGUCCAAUCUUUAUUCCUCCCCAAGAAGAGACUACAUUUCUUUAGCAAAGGACUGAGGGUAAAAUUUCUGCUACACCUGUAAUUGGCUGCAUAGCCAGCUGAAAUUCUAAUUGGAUGAAUCAGAAGCAGUGGGCUAAAAGACACUUUGAAAGUAUGCCAGUACUGGCCUUUACUUUCUCUUAGUCAGGGAAGAUGAGCAAGAAAAUGCUUCAUUAAAAAACCGCCACAUUCGCUUGUGUCCGACUACUUUACUCGUCUUUGCUAAUUGAGGGCUUGGCACAGGCCCUACCUUUGCUAAAUCUGAUCGAUGUUCAAUCCAAUUUUAAUUUAGUUUUGAUACAAUCAUUUUUGUUUGGUUACGAUAAAGGACCAAAAGUACUGGACCUUGACCUGAUGAAUGGUGUCGCUACAGAGGGUGGAAACAGCGAGAUGUCACUCAAGGUUGACUUGCAUCAUUUUGGAGAGGUGUGUAUGCGCUCUUAAUCUUUAGGCUCCCAAGAGCUAAAUAUGAAUUCCUACACUGUUUACCGUACAUUUUUCUCAAUUUUAGAUCUGAGAAUUUGGUAUUAAAGCUACCAGCUUUGUUAUAUAUAUAGUGCUGUUUUAAAAUGUAUACCUCCGCUUACUUCGAUAAACUGAUUCUUCAAUCUCAGCCAGGAAAACUUAGCACAACAUCCCCAGAUACCAGUGGUGAAACAAAAGCAUCACAGCUUUCCCUGAUCACUGAUGUUCCCCCACCCCCACUGGAACAGUAUGUGUACAAUGAAGGGUACCCAUACACCCCUUUGAGACCAAGUAACAAAAAGAAUCAAGAAGAAUUGGUUUUGAGCACCAGUAAUACUCCUGACGAGAUCUUCAGUGGUGCUAUGAUAGCAAGAAAGAUUGGUGUGGACCGACCUCCAGAACCUGAACUUGGCGAACUCAGAGAAGACAAUGGAGAGAGACUAGCCAUGGAACGGCUGAGGUACGUUGCGUCCUUCGUGGUAAUAAUUAGAACAGCUAUGUAAUCUGAAAGGGUGCUUUUGGAUAGAGUUUCGCGAUAGAGCGUCCAAAACUUAUCCGAGAUUGUAUUGGUUUGCUUUACUUUGCUCUGUGAUUGGUUCAGAAAAACUCGCGUCACUCUCUCAACCAAUCAGAUUCAAAACUGAAACCAAUCACGACUUGGUCGCCUGUAUUUUCCCGCCCUUUUAGCUCUUGGUUGGUUUUUAUUUUGAGUUUUCAUUGGCUCCUAAAGAUAUUUCCUUUCUUCUGUUCGGCCGUUGUGGUUACAUUGGUUUUAGUUUCACACAACUCUCAAUCAACAAGCGCUCUAUUACAAGGUGCCAAUGAGAACUCAAAGUGAAAACAAGCAGAGGGCCUGCAGCGCGGGAAAACGUAGGUGACCAAAACGCGAUUGAUUUUAGUUUCAAUCUGAUUGGUUGUGUAGUUGGCGCGAGUUUUUUAGACCAAUGACAGCAAAGUAAAACAAAACCAUCGCAAUCUUGUUUCACUCUCUACGCUCAAUUGAAAAUUGCUCUUAACUAGUUUUCUUGCUUACAUUUUUGUAACGUGGAUUCCUGGCAAGACAUAACGCACUGUAAUUUAGACCGAGGAGGUCUAGUUCGAUUGGUGACCAUAGUCUUCUGUUUUUUUUUACAACAAUACUCUAAAUUCGGAAGUGUCUCUGUCUACACACGAGCGUAAAUUGAACAGAACUCCCCGAUCAACUUUUCCGCAGUCGCCCAUUAUAAAGAGUUCGUCGGGAGUGAAAAUUCAGUCGUCAAAAUAAAAAACUGAGGGGGAAAUUGCCAAAAAAGACGCCAGAAAACUCGUUGCUGUUUUAAUCCGUUGUUUUUUUUCAGGACUUCUCAUGCUUACCAUUUGAAUAUACUGUUGGAACAGCUACUGAAGGAUGCUGGACUAUCAGUUGAUUGGAAAGAUACCAUACUACCCCUUGUAAUGAGAAUUAGUGAACAGGUAACAAAAAUAAAAGGCAGUGAGCAUCUAAUUUCUCCUUACAUUAUCGCCCCUGAAUCGCGCAUUUAGGUCACGAGAAUACACGAAGUGAUUACCAACUAAAGAAGCCCUUGAUUGUUAAACAAAUUCUCCUGUUGGACAUUUAAAGGUCUGGAAAUUGAGAGAAAUAUCAUCAGAUGUCCUCAGUUUUAGCUCGGGCAUAUCUGCUCUAGCCUGUUCUAGGCGAUCGGUCUGUGAAACAAAAGGCGAUGAUAAACGGCUGAGGAGUGAAAAAAACGAGUGGGGUUUGGGUCGGGUCGCGUACGCCUGGAGCAGGCUCUAUCUAGACACGGACGCGUUUAGUCCAAUCAUACGUUCUUUUUCGUUUUUUCAUUGCACAGGUGACUCCUGAUGUUCGUAGAGACGAUGAUAUGAACAUAUGUGAGUAUGUGAAGUUCAAAAAGAUUCCUGGUGGAAAUAAAAGUGACUGUGAAAUGAUCAGUGGAGUUGUGUUCACCAAGAACAUCGCGAAUAAAAAGAUGGCCUCUAUGCUGAGUAAUCCUAAAAUUCUGGUCCUUAGGUGUGCUAUUGACUAUCAGGUGCGUGACAUGCAAAAAGAAUUCACCAUUAAUCUUUUGACCCCUAAGAGAGCAUAGAAUUUCGCCCUUUAAUAUCACCCCUGAAUGAAACAUUAAGGUCACCAGAAUGAAGGAAAUGAUCGCCAACUGAAUAUGCUCGAGAUUUUUCAAAUAAAUUCUCCUUGUCAGCCCGAGGAGAAUAUGCAUACUGGUGUGAAAGUGUAAAGGGUUAAUGACAUUUUCAAAUGCAAUUCUGGUUUUGUUGACUGUUGCGUUUGGUUUACCUUGAGAAACUACAUGUAAUAUCUUUGAUCGUGCUGGUGCUUGCCAAAACUUUGAUACAGGCAGACAUUUUUAGAGAUGGCACAAGUGGUUAUAUAGGUUUGGAGACAACACCUACUUUAAACAAAAUAUUGAGACCAGGAGAUUAGGUGUACCUCUAAUGUUAAAGACAUCGAACUCUGUAAAUCAUUGUAGUUCUUUUUUUUCCGUGCAGUGCAUGAUUGAUUCCAUGUCUUCCAUUUUAGCGAAAUGAAAAUCGCCUGGCAUCUUUGGAUCCUCUUGUCCUUCAAGAAUCCGAGUUUCUUAAGAACUUUGUGGCUCGAGUGCUUUCUUUACGACCCAAUAUCUUAUUGGUGGAGAAAAGUGUUUCACGUCUGGCGCAGGAAAAUCUUCUAGAAAGGGGGAUUACACUGGUGUUGAAUGUUAAACCAGUAAGUUCUUAAAAAAAACGAUUAUCCAGUGAUUGCUCUUACCGUAUUUCCUCAAAUAAGCGCCUUCGCUCUAAUACGCUCCCACCCCUGAAUAAGCGCCCACCCUCGAGGCUAUUAUGGUAAACAAGCGCUCCUCUCCAAUAAGCGCCCCCGUCAGCGCCCACCUCCAAGGCUAUCAUGUCAAACAAGCACUCCUCUCGGAUAAGCGUUGCCGCCUCGUCCACCCCCAAGGCUAUCAUGUCAAACAAGCACCCCUCUUGAACAGGCGCCGCCCCCUCCCCAGCGCCCACCCCCAAGGUUAUCAUGUCAAUGGAGCGCUCCUCUCAAAUAGGCGCCGCCCACCCCCCAAGGCUAUCAUGUCAAACAAGCGCUCCUUUUGAAUAAGCGCCCCUCAACUCCUACCUCAAUUCCUUAAAUAGCAGGGAUACAAGGAAAACUUGGCUCUAUUGCCACUUUAUUUAAGUCUUUUUGAGCUUCAAGUGCAGUGGAAUCAGUACAAGAGGACAUUUUCUCUUUGGUCACUUACUAUCUCCAUGUUUUUGCUUCUCUUUUAAUUUUACUCCUUUAUUGGGAUGCAUUUGAAGAAAAAAAAAUUGAUAAUGAAUUACCAACCCCUUGAUUGUGCGCCUUCUUUCCAAUAAGCUCCCCUCUAGGCUCUACUUGGUCCUGAAGACUCGCGCCUCCCUCUCAACCAAUCAGUGUAAUGCUGAGACAAAUUGUGACGUUGUCUCUCGCGUUUUCCCGCGCUUUAAGUGGAUGGCUUAUUUCCACUUUGAGUUCUCAUUGGCUCUUGUGGUAUUUUGAAUUUUUGAUAGUACAUGGGGAGCUGUACAAAACGUUAUUCUAUGAUUUGUUCAUUUCAGAACGUGAUUGAGCGCAUUGCUAGAUGUACACGGGCUGAUGUUCUUCGUUCCAUGGAGCAGCUUAGUCGGCCACAACUGGGAACAUGUCAGUCAUUCAGGGUACAGAGAUACACUCUAAAGGUAUGACUGCGAUUUCUUGCAAGAUCGUUCGUUUUUCAACUUUUACGCUGUCUGUUAUUAAAUGCUACUGCACAGGAAAAAUGAUAUUCUUCUCUCUCUCAAUUCCGAUUCGAUUUUUAAUCAGAAGCCUCAUAACAGUUAUUACGCCACAAGUAGGUUUUUUUUAAUCAUAAUUUCCUGUUCAAUUUGUCCGCUAUUGCCUGAUAAAGCCUCAGUCGAGUUACAGUGGAAGAGCUGGAUCGAAGGGCUCCUUAAUUAGCUAAUCUAUAGCGAAAAACAUUGACUUGUUAAUAAGAGAGAGAGUUACAUCAGUUACUUAGCAUUUUUAAAUUUGUUAACUUGAGUGAUUUUGUAUGUAGAACGACAGGUAAGACUUGUCACUUGUUGUUAAAUUACAAAAACAAUUCCUGAUCUCUACGUCGUAUUAAACAGCAUGGAGAGUCCAAGACACUCAUGUUUAUUGAAGGCUGCCCAGCUGAUCUGGGUUGUACAGUAAACUUACGAGGCGGGAACAGUUUCGCGUUGGCUAAAGUGAAGCGGAUCUUUCGACAUAUGGUGUACGUUGCUUACAGCUUACGACUAGAGCAGCAUUUUCUAAUGGAUGAGUUUGCUAUGCCUCCUGACACCAGUCAUUUGUUGGAAGAGUGGGAAAUGGCAAAUAGGAAUUUCGAGAAGAGGUUUAAAGUAGGUGAAAAUGAAGUGGAUGGGAAGGAAGACUGCAAGGAAUCUUGUUCAGAACAGAAUAAAAACUUGCCUAAAGCGUCACAGCAGGAUACUGUAGAAGGAAGUGAUCUGUUCAUGACAGCACUGAAAAGCACUGUGCUGUCCAGUUCGCCGUUUCUGGACUAUCCAAUCCCGUACUUACUGACGGAAGCAGGUCGAAACAUGGCUCUGAGAUCCACGCUUCCACCGGAUAUUUACUGGUCUUCAAGGCUUACGUUGGACCAUACCAGUCGUCCCUUGACCGAAGAAGGACUAGAGGAGUUUGAUUUUUCUAAGCAUCCUCACCAGCGAUGUCUAAGUAAACGUGUUUGCAAGUUAGAGCCUCAUCCGCUGUUGUCAGCGACGUUAACUAUGGAGCCCGGUGGUAUGGUGUUCCAAACACUACUGUCCGACUUUCGCGCACAGGGAGGGCAAAUUCAUCUGACGAAAAAUGGGAUGUCUGUGCGUAGGAGUCAAAGCAAGGUAUUGGAGCAUUUCACCAAGAAGACACCGAUUGAGAAGAAUACCGAGCAAGGCAAGAUCCGGGGAGGUUAUCGCGAAGGGAAGGGUAAAGCUCAUGGAGAAACUGUUGAGUCAAAAGAGAAGAAAGAUCCGUUUGUUCCAACGAGCCCACUGCAUUUUAAUCGAAAGGUAAGAGAAAUGUUUGUAUGAUUAUACGAAGUGAGAUUUUCGAAAUCGGUAACUUUGUGUGUAGUUUUCGGUUUUGUCCUCAAGUAAAAAAUAAAGUUAAGGUUUGGGAAAUCAAUAUUAAAUUUUUUUCCAAUACGCUUAAAGUGAGGUUAUCGUUCUUGUAAUGUAUAAUUAUCUGUGGUGAUGAGGUGGAGAAUUUAAGUUGAUUUUUUUUCUUUGCGGUGAAAGUGCUCAUAAAGCGAAUUUUGUCGGUGUAGUUUUAUUUCACCCCUCAAAAAUGUUGCCAUAUCAUGCUUAACAUGUUUGUUAAAUACGCAAAAGAAACACACAUUUAACGCGUCUAUAGUAAAAGUUUAAACGCGGUUACCGUCGUGAAAAGCGUGCAGUGGCUUCGCGUGUACGUUGGUCGCUGAUCUGUGAGGGAUAUGGCACUUAUCACGGAAGUUUCGUUAAAGUCGGUGACAGGCGAUCUAUAGACCCGCUGUAAGACCUCUCGCAGCCGUAUCCACCUACUACACUAUCAGCAGCCGCUUAUGGACAAUUUUAUUGAAACUUCCGAGUAAUUCUUCAUUUGCCACAUUUUUAUUUUGCAGCAUAUGGAUUGUUUGGAUCCUUAUUUCCAUCAGAGAAUAGCUGUGUUAUUCAUCAGCUACUCAAACGAAUCGAAUAAUUCACCCCGACCGUGCAUCAGUCCGUGGUGAGUAACUAGAUGAGACACGUGAGGUCUUUGUCGCGUGUAACGCAAUUUUCAUUCGAGUGUCGGGAGUAGCACAGAAAUACUUUGGCUCCGCUCCAUGAUUGGUCGACAAAAGUGGCGGCACCUUCUCAACCAAUCAGAUGUAAAUCGCUUGGUCGCUUGAAUUUUCCCGCGCUUCAGACACACACACACACACAUUCACACCCCUUCCCCUCCCUGGCCUCUUAUUGCAAGAAAAUUCCUGAUUUUGUCUUGAUGUAACACGGAACAUAACAUACUCCUGUCACGUCUUGCACUUUCUGUAAUUGCUAUGGUGUUUUGACUCGUUUCAGGGCCGUCUUUAUGGAGUUUUACGGACGAAAUGAUAUCACCCUUGGAGGAUUUCUCGAGAUUUACUGCUUCAGGUACAACACCCGUUUCGUAACAAGAGCUAGUUCUGCUCCUGAAGUUAAGAUGCCGUAUUUUAAGGCUGGUUUUCCCUUACGGCGGAGACGGAGUCGUACUCAGAAACGCAGAGUGAUACUAUCCAGUGAAAAUCAAACCGACAGAAUCGGAAGAAAAAUAUCGAUGCCGCAACGACUCCUUAACGAGUGGACUGUCGGAGUCGUAAGCCGUCGGAUUGCUCGAGAACUGGAAUUAUGAUUGGUUGGUUCUUCCAUUUCUGCUUACGACUGCUUGCAAUUGCUUGCGACUCCAUUUUUUAAAAUUUUCUCUCGUUUGAAAGCGCUCGUACGUCUUCGACUCCGACUACGUCGCCAGUGAAAACGUACUAACAAAAAAACUGCGAAAAGAUGACGGUAAAUACCAAGGUCGAUUGUAAAAAAGAAACUUACACCAGCAUAUCUGUGUGAACCUUUUUGAAACACGUGGAUUCCUUUCCAGGCCUUCAUACAUCUGUCCCAACCCGAACUGUGACAUACCCAUGGUGGAUCACGUGAGGUACUUCGCUCAUGGGAGUGGGUCCGUUUACAUUCACAUGAGGAAUCUAGAGUCACCUAUCCCAGGAUUCCAACACACCAUUCUCACAUGGAGCUGGUGCAAAGAAUGUAAACAGGUUAACAGCUUAUAAAAUGAUUUUAGACCGUACUUAAAAUCUUUUAAGCUUUGAAUUCCAAAAAAUGUGAAGUUGGUGCGGGACGUAGCUGACUUCUUGACGAGUUAGGAGUGACACCUCUUCAUUUUAAUAGGAUUUAAAGAGAGGAUAAAAAAUGAGAAAUGAUAGAGAAGAAAAUUCAAAGUCACUUCUUACUCUCUGGUCAAGGGGGAAGAUGGUUCGAAGGCCCCGUCCCAUGGUAAAAUAUGACAUGAACAGACAGAUCUUGUCUUUACAGACUGUUGUUUUCUCCAGGGUUUAUCGCUGAUCCAAAAUGUUUCCUUCGGGAAAUACAAGGAAACGUAACGAAAAGAAGUGAAAAGCGAGGGAAAGAGCAAGGCAAAUCACAAAAGAAAAGUUGUUUAUCUUUCUGCUUUUAUCUUGCAAUAUGCCUUUAAAGUCCAAGUUUCCUCAUCUGCGCUCGUAACUAUGUAACUGGCGAUUGAUAUCUCUUAAUUUUAAUUCUUGUUUUUAUUUAUUUCUUUUCAAGGUAACGCCAAUUGUACCCCUAUCCCCUGAGGCAUGGGCAUUGUCGUUUGCUAAGUACCUGGAAUUGAGAUUUUACGCAGGAAAUUACAAGCGCCGAGCGAGUGUGGAACCAUGCGGACAUUCUCUCCACAAGGAUCAUUAUCAGUACUUUGCUUAUGCUAACAUGGUAGCUUCUUUCAAGUACGUUUUUGUUGUUUUAUUUUGGUAAAUAUAAAAGUUUGCUUACGACUCAGAUUCACAUGGCUGUCGUGACCAUUCCUGUUGUUUGAAGCGAUUGCCAAUAUUGCCUCUCCACCCGGGUGGGUUACUAGUUUACCACAGGUUACCACCCCCUGCCCCCACGUGGGCUCCUCUGGUUACCCCCCACCACCACGUGGGCUCCACAGGUUACCCUCCACCCCAACGUGGGCUUCACAGAUUACGCCCCUCCCCCACGAGGGCUUCACGGGUUAACCCUCUUUCUCAAGUGAGCUCCACAGGUUACCUCCCACCCCAACGUGGGCCCCACAAGUUACCCCUCUCCCCCAAGUGGGCUCCACAGAUUUUCCACCCACCCCCACCCUCACGCGGGCAUUUUGUCAUUUUCAUCCUCUCAUGCGUUUUCUUUACAGUUUCAAUAUUUCUCUUCUUGUUGCUCAAAUUUAUAUAUUUAGAGGGGUGUAUACUAUUGUGUUUUUAUCGCAGGUACCGCCCAAUCAAACUGUUCGAGAUAGCCAUCCCCUCUCCACAGAUUUUUAUUCAAGAAAAAACAAGAGACGCCAGCUUUUGGAUCAGCGACUUACGUGCCAUGACAACCAAGUAGGAUCACGUGACAUCAGUGUAGAAAUAAAUGUUUCAUCAGCCAAAUGAACUUACUUGGUUUUAUCAGCCAAUUUAUCCCAGAGCUUAUCUCGUUUUUAAUUGCAUGAGGUGACCAGUGUUACGCCUUUUGUUUCAUCCGCUCUCCUGAGGGAUUUUCUUACAUUUAAUAGUUCAUUAGUAUCGAUUUAUACCCCUUUAUGGAGAGAUUCACUUUAAGAGGCAAGUUUCUUGCCCAAGAACACAACACAAUGGCACGGUUAGGUCUCUAACUUGAUCCGCUCUUCCUUGUAAGGAGGUAUGCAGAGUUACAGUGAUAACGAUAUUGGGCAGCGACUCCCCUGAACCCGUACGGAGAGUGGAGACCCCUAGACGUAUUCCACACAUACACGUAUAUUUAGUUUUUUCCUCCUCCAAAUAAAUUUCUGAUAUCUCAUACCCCUGACAUUCUGUCCUUAAAUCUUUUCAGCGGAAGCUCUGCAGAAAGACUUUGGAGAAAGAAGUUAAUCUUUCCUUUAUUUGUUUUACAGAGGUGACACAGUAUUUGCUGCGAUUUCUGACCGCCUUGAGUCCCUGAAAGAUUACCCUAUUAUUUUGCCCGAACGCCAAGCAAGAAUACAACAGUUAUUUAAAAUACUCAAUGUAAGGACUUAGUAAUUUUUCUAAUUACGAAAUACGACUUUUUUUUUUAACAGAUAGUCUAUGAGGCGCUUAAGGAUCAACUGCUUUUUUUCAUGUUGACAAUAUUUCGUUGCUGGCAAUAUUCAUAUAACCUUGCUACAGCAAAUAUUGUGGUGGUAUUUUUUUUUUAUCAGAAAUCAUGAAAUCAAUUGUAGAACGUUUUGAUCGUGUUCAUGAAUCUAUUGUCCAAUAGUUCAGACUUUUCAACAGACCAUUAAAUUUGGAUGGAAUGACUGUGUUUCUCUUUCAAAGAACUCGAAUGCUGAUUUUAUAACUAGUGAAAGAUUUUGCACUUGUAAAAAUCUUGGUGUCGCCAUGAAAUUAUGUUUUCAAAGCAUUAAUUCAUUGCUCUCUGUCUCACUUGGCUUUCCUAGGACGAGCACAAGCGUUUCCUGGAGCAAAUUGAAAUUGUGGAAAAGAAAGCGGCCAGUCUUCAGGAGCUAGAUAAUCCGCUGGCCACAGAGGACGUGAGCACCUGCGAAAACCUGGCUCCCGAAGAUAGAUUGGCUUUAGAGUACGUCAUAGCAAACAGCUUGAAUAGUCUCAAGAAAACCCUAUGUGAAGCUGUAGAGAGUUGGAACAACACGUAAGAACUGUUCGUUAAGAUUGCUACAUUUACUUUUGUGUUUUGCUUGGGAGAACCUUCACGUUUUUACAUUAUUCUAUUGAAAAGAGAUUGGUGUACUGUCCAAUUCUUCAACGUCAUUACCAGUGCUCUAUCUCUAUUCCUCUCAAGGUAGGAAGAAAGAGCGCCCUGGGAACCAGUUUGUUGGUUACUUAUGUAAGCAUUUUUGUCCAUUUUCGUGAAAAUGUAAAGGUUACAAGAAUACGCUCAAGCUGAAAAGAAGAAAAAUAUCAAAUCUAUGACGUCUUCUUACAAAGAAGGGAAGCUGUUGUCUUCAAUGCAAAGCGAUGCAAAGUCCGUAUCCGAGGUAAUGGUUUUCUCUUUCUGCUGCAGGUUUACUGGAUAAAGGCGCUAAGUUUUGUGUGGGCUCAAUUUCUUUAACCGGGUUCGUAAUGUAAUAGUUACCUUGAUUGUCCGGAUGAUUAUAGAGAUAUGCACUUUUUGAUUGGUUAAGUAUUACGUCAUAUCCUGUUAUAAUUACCCUCCGCGUGGUCAUUAUGAUACUAUGGCACCGGUUUUCCAAAUGGACUUUCUGCGAGUUCUGAAUGUUUUUAAAGGGAAAACAGAUAAAAUGGAGAAAAAUGCAGUUGCUCUUGUAAUCGCCUCGCCUAUUAAAAAGAAACAAUUAUCUUCAGGUUCCCUCAGUAAUAUCGAACAAUCCCCUCGACUUCCUCUUUGGGAUUAUUUUACAGUUCCAUUUCGCUGGAGGUCGAAAAAAUUGUAUGGCAGAUGGGUGUCAACGAAAUUUAAGGGUGACGUAAGGGGGAUCUCGAAAUACGUUAGUUCUUUUUAUGCGGUAUUAUGAACUACUCAACUUAAAUGCAAACAAUGACGCUGUGUAAUAUCUAAUUACCUAUUUAUCCUCAUCUGAACAGCAGCUGUCAAAAUCGACUGAUCUUAUACGUGCGUCUGACAUCAGUGUUCCAGACGGUAAUCUUAGCCCUGCUCUCACCCCCUGGGGAUCAAGAUCACCAUCACCUUACCCCAACCCUGAGAUAAACGAAGAUGAACCCGAAGUAUUGAAUAAGACAGACUUGGAGGUACUCCAUGCAACAACUGGUUUUCGACCCAUUCAGUACCCGGAGAAUGAAACCUGCACCCCUGGGGAUUCCCCCACGGCUGGUAUUUUACCCGUAGGAGGUGUGGUUAAGGGACAUUCUACGCCUGAGGCAAAAAAGGAGACCCUAGCUAGGGUGGGUCUGGACAGAGAUGUUUCAAGGAUUGAAAGACCUGCUGACGCGAUGAAAGCCUUUGUGGCUGUUGCACCGAAGCGGGAAGAACCAGAAAUUUCUGAUAGAUCAAAUAGUGGAGAAGUCGAAGGUGCGGCAGCUAUCCUUGAAAACCCAUCGGGUACCACUAAGGAUCCUUCAGAAGUAAAGAUGGCAGGCCAGGAAAAUGUUCGAGUUGAUGCUAUGAAUAUACGUCCUGAAAAGGCUCUUUCUGGUGUCAAUAUGGGCGGUAUAGAGUGGCCUGUGGAUGUUGAGGUGGAGGAAAGUAAAGGGAAAAUUCUUGAGGUUGAUACGUAUUGCGCCGAGGAGCCUGGUGAUAGCAAGACAGAAGUGGCUAAGGGUCCCUCUGGCGACAGUAUGGUCGACGCAAGAGAUCUUUACGGAGACAAGAUGGAAGGAGAGACAUUUAAGGGCGCUUGUACAGAGAACUCUGGAGGAGAGCAGGGACGUUGUGGAGGACCAUUGAAAGUUGAAAAUGAACUGCACCUUAAAGACAAUAGAACCUCUUCUUGGUAUAUUGUUGAAAAGGAGAACGAAGACGAGGAAACAGGCGAAAUCUGUAAUUCACCUUAUGACGGGAAACAAAAUGUAAGUCAUGAACAAUCUUUAACGUCUUUAGAAGAAGGAAGUGAAGCUCAGGGAACUAAGGAACAAACGUUAAAGACGACUUUCAUACGGGGUCAUCGCAGAGUGGCGUCGUCCCCCCCUUUCAUUGCUGUAUUAUCUGAGGAAAACGAGGUUGUUCCGGAGGGGAAGUCUACCAGUGCUGUAAAUUGUGUGGAGAGGAGCAGAAGUGACUCUGAUCUAAGUUUACAUGCGAAAAAAGACCCCAAUGAGUCUGUGGUGAGUUAAUGCUCAAAACAUCCAAGUUUGCUCUCUUGUGAUCAAGAUGCAAAUCCUCUUUACAAAUAUCAAUACAUUUUUUAGCAAAAAGAAGAUGAGAAUUAACGAGCUUAUCACCCAGAGGGUGUUAUACCGAUGUAACACUAAAUUCUCCUUGUUAUCUACAAGGAAAUGUAAAGCGGCUAGAGGGAAGAAUUGAAGAUCAGAUCUUGGAAUUUACAAGGGUUUGAUAAACGAAAAAAAAUACUGAUUUAUACUAAAAUUUUAAUGAUGUAGGAGCUACUGGGACAACAGUAAAUCACAAGUUUAACAAAAUUCUUGAACGUGAUUUGUUAUCAGCAGCCUGAUUGAAGCCUGAUAAGACAGAGACUUUUCACUCAACAAAACGAGCACCGUGAUUAUUUAACUUCAUCUCGGGAAACAUCAGGACUCUUGGGGGGGAAAAAAACUUACUGUUUCCCUCGGGACUAUACAGGCUGUUCAGGUUGUUCGAAGAUCGGAUAACGCUAUCCACUGGAUAACUCUCUAUGGGGUGGAUAAUUCUAUAUGUUUUGCUAUUACCUAUCCGCUGGAUAGCGAUUUAUCCGUUGGAUUGCGAUUUAUCCGUUGGAUAGCGUUAUCCGCCCUUUAUACAACUGGGCCCAGAAGUGUACAUGGUAUACUACUGGGUUCAUUUUCUCCUAGAUAAAAUCAGUCAUAUUUUGUCUUUUCAUCUGGGAUGUGCUUAACAAAUAAGUGUUUCGUUUCUGAAAUUUUGUAAACUUUUGAUUCAUUAGUGACAGGGUAUCGUGUUGUCCAAUUCUGUCCGUAAUCAUACUCGUGACUAACAUAUCAGACUGCCUCUGCGCGAUUGUAUGAUUUUGUGGAUCACUCCUACGAUUACAGAUCCAAUUGAACCUCACUCGAUCCUAUUACGAUUUAUUACGAUUAUUAAUUUACUUCAUGUUACCUUUUUAUUAUUAUUUCUUGUCUCUAUGUAAUCAUGUUGCGAUAAGUUGUCAACUGAAAGCAACUCAGAGAAUCUGGUUGAAGAUGAAACCGAUGCAGGUUGGCGUGGAAAAGGAGACAGGACAGCUAAGAAAAAAGAAGCAAAUGACUCUUGUGGUGAACGAAACACGCACGAAGUUUUAAAAGUGAUACCAUCAGCUUUCAACAAGAAAAGUGAGUAAAUAAAUAGUGUUUUUUGAAAUACGGUUGUUGUGGAAUUGGAAGAUUUGUGUAGAAAAUUAUAAAUACAUAGGCAAAAUGUUAAUUGCGAGAAGGGAUUGGUACUGAUUUAAUCCGCGGUGGAGACUGGUUAACUUUGUCUUCAGUCAAAGUAAAGAAGAAGGAUGCUUCACAAACCAAAAGUUUUUCUCUCCGACUUUACAAUGAACUUUUUUCCCUGUGGUGCAUUCUUCACAUUUCGGGUUUUUUUCUAUCUUAUUAAAGUAAUACUUUUUGGUUUUCCUACCAUUGAAGUUAAUUGCACACGUCCUAGAAAAUUUUUAUCACAUAGCUCACGUGAUCUUAAAUUUUUUUUCAUGUUUUGUUUUGUUGGUUGUCAUGUUUUUUUCUGUGCAUGUUUUUGUUUAUAGAUUUACAUGUUUUUGUGUUAUUACGUUAAAGGUUUUUACUGUUGAAAGCAUGUGUCGUUUUGCAUUUACCGAGUUUUGCAUAUGACUGAAACUUACAUAUGUUACUCUAACCAAUCAAAACAUCCAUACUAUUUUUGUCAACCAAUUAGAAAUAAAACUAACUUAUCUUGCUUCUCGUUAUAAAGCUUUAUUCCCCUGCAAGGUGUCUUCUGCAUCUUCCCUCGUUGUUUGCAUGGUUACCAUUCUUUCUCACACUCGCUACCGCUUUUUUUUUUCCCGCGCCAUCUUUUUCCCGCGCUUCAGUGGCACACGUUGUACUAUCUUGCCCCGUUUCGCGCAGGUUACCUCAUCUUCCUUUGCGUCUGAUUGGUUCAUUUUGUAGCGUGUUUGUUCUGAUUGGUUGAAUUUAGUUUUCCUGAAAUAGGUGGUACGGUAGAACCUUUUUUUUUGUACUUAAUAACUUGUUUAUUUAUUUAUUUAUUUAUGCAUACGUAUGCAACGUCUUACGAAUUCUAUCUUUGCCUUUUGGCCUUUAAUCUUCGAUAAUUCUAACAUACAUUUCAAAACGUAUGAGCAACAUUUACGAUGCUGUUGAGUAACUACUGAACAAACGCUAUUGAGUGCUAGUGUAACCGCCGAAUUAAUAAAAGCUGGUAGCUUGCUCUUGACACUGGUCGGGUAGAGAAAAACCUUGUCGCCAUUUAAUCGUUAUACGAUGAUUUUAAACUUUUUGGACUGGUUAUUUUAACUUCAGUUUUAUAAUGUCUGUCUAACACAGGUUGAGGUCAUAACCACAAAAUUUGUUUUUCGUUUCCCAUCGCCUCACGGCUCUAUUUUCGGAAAGGAUAAAAACACAAUCUGGCAAGCAAAUUUUGAUGCUAAACUAAAUUCUCUUUAUGAUUUUUGAGUGGAAGCAUGUAAUUAUCACUUCGGUUGAAAAGCAAGGGCUAUAAUGAGGAAGACACUUAGUUGGGGGACGCGCAUCUUUGACUACGCUUUCUUCUCCAGUAACCUGAGCUUCUCCUGAACUCCUCCUGAACUCAGGGGGUAAGUUUCUAAAGAAAUUGUGGUGCUGCGUCGGUGGAAGAGUAUAACAGGGUAAUUUAGUGUCGUCAACUGAGUUGAUAACGUAAAUUGGCCACCGUAAAGAGUUCGAACGUUGGCCCUUCAUCAGAACGCUCUGACAAAGGGCUUAUGGUGGCUAAUUAACAUUAUCAACUCAGUUGAUAAUACUUAAUUACCCUGUUGUCCUGAACCCAAGCCUCAGCAAUUCCGAUGGGAAACGAAAAAUUUUUAUGGUGAUGACCAUGUAACAUUGAGGAGCUUUUCAUCAAAGAAAGGCUUUAAUUUAGUUGGAUAAUCGGCUUAAUCUUAUUUGAAUUAUUUAACCAAUUUUAAUUUCUUGUGAUAGUUUCUUUUAUUUUAAACUCACCCUGAAUGUCUCUUCAGUAAAUUUCCAAAUAGUCGAGAAUAACAACUAAAAUUUAAGGCUGUUACUCUCAAAAGAAAAAAUAGGAUGCCUCAUCUUCUCAACUUCGGUUCUAACAGAGUUCUCUCUUUGAAGGUCUCUAUAAGUACCUUUCUUUGCGUAUUCAUGAGCCAAAAAAUAAUAUAAUGAGCGAUAACUGCAUGAAUGCCUCAUCUCUUUGACUUCGGAUGUAACAGCCUUUUUUCUCUGUAAUUCUUCACGCGUACCUCACUCUGCGAAUUCCUGAGCUUGGCGUUCGACACCAUUGACCAAUGAUAUAUUUGAAACUUUUUUUGUUCAAGGUCUCUAUAGGGCCCAGUCUGUGGGGGCUACAAACCAGGGCGGUUCACCAAAGAAGGGUAGGGCUGGAGCGAGUAUGCGUGAUUGAUCUCCAGUCGCUGUGUUAUCAUACGUCAUUCAUCCAUGACAUGAAAUUUUUACCUGUGUAACCUCUAAAACGUAGAGAGCAGUGGCAUAUAAAAUCUCCCCGGAAAUCCUACACUCUAUACACACUGUAUUUUUGUUCCAAAGUAUAACUAAGUCCGCUACUCAUGAUCUUGGAAUUACAUUGAGAGUGAUCUGGAAAGAGGACAAACUACUUUGGGUAGGAGUACUGGGGCGCUGGAUGACCCGCCAACUUGUCUUUCCCCACCCCCCAACAAUUCAAGCUUUCCAGAUUUUUCUCCCCACAUUUUGGAUGAAAUGCGGUGUAAAACGGGCAACACUUUUUCGCUGUUUUUUUUCCCUAUUGUGUCAUUCUCAUUGAAGCAGGUGAUUACCGUUUUACACCGCACAUUAGCACGAAUUUUUUUCCCCUAUAGUCGAUAGGGGGAAUGUAAUCUCAGUAGUCCCCGACUGAAUUUUCGAUCGAACGUUUCAGAGCUAAACCAAAUGGAGUUAUCCACAACUCGCAAGAAGAACGAUUCCUGUAAUUGUGGCCGCUCAAUAAUUUUACUUUGGAGUUACGAUAUUCAACAACGGCGGUCAAGUUUCAUUAAACUUGUCAAAUCUACAGUCAUCUUUAUGAUACGCAUGGCCGGUAAAAAAGUCCGCCAUAUAAAAUUGUUUUUAUUUACCUUUAUUUCAAAGGUGUUGUUCGUUCACAAUCUUGGGCGGUUAAUCAGUGGCAAGUGACUGCUAAAAAGGGUAGGGAUGUAAAGUUUUUAAAACAUACCAUUAAAGUUCCUUAUUUUGAACAAUUUGUGAUCGGCUUUUCUUGACGUUCUUGUAACAGUCACAUUUUGCUAAUUUAUAAAAUGACUUAAUUUUUGUUCAGCAAUUAAACGAUUUCCAGUAAAUUUAAACAAAGUUAGUCACAGUGUUACCUUAAAAACUGCUGAACAAAGUUAACUAGUGAUAAUUUACCGUGGAUAAACAAGGUGAUGUAACUUUCCAUGAGAAAGAUAUCGUAUCAUCUUAACAAACGUUAACUGACCAUGUUUCAUUACUCCCUAACACUGGCUCAUCUUCCGAGCUGAAUGGCUCAUUUCAAUUGUUUCUGAUUAUGUUGUUAUUUGCUACAGUUUACCGUCAGAUAUAGACUGUUUUGUGUUCUGUUUAAGUCUUUUGAAAUUAUUUCCUGUCAACAGCUCUUGUCUCAGAUGGAGGAGACCCGGAUGCUACGCCUGCCAUAGACGGUAUGCCGCUGACCAACUUUACUCCUCAAGCCCUCUAUUAGUCUAUCACCGUAAUUUUAACUUGGUUUACUUUAACAAGGCUGUGUACAUUCAUUACUAUUAUUUUAUCCUUGAAGAAUUUACCCCCCUGAAUUUCAAACCAUUUUCUUUUGUUGAGGGGGGAGGGAGGAGGGAAAGACAUUGUAGUUUACUUCGCUAUUAGUUGAUGAGAUUUUUUAUGAGGGUAUAAAGUGAGGCUUGUUUUUGCAGCAUCAGUUGGAACCAGCAAGCGUGAGAAAGUGAAAAACAUCAUCUCAUCAUUUAUGUCCGGCUCUGCCUUUCAGCCAGUACCGUCCACUUUGUAAAGUUGAACCAUCUUGUUUAAAAAAGAAAGACUCACACACCUCUCUUUUUGUAUUAACCGUAAUUGAACCAUCUUGUUUAAAAAUAAAAGACAACUGACUGGAACUAUUAUAAAUAACACAAAUUUAAUCACCUUUGCCACUCAUUUUGAUGUAUUAGGAAAAAUUCUGAAGGGAUACAAAAACAACGUACAGUUAAAAGGAUAUAACUGUCAUCAAAUUGAUUUUAAUGGCCCAGAAAUAUUUAACUGUUUCACUACUGUAAAACAAUCGUCUUAUCGAUUAAGACAGUUCUGCACGUCGCUUGCAAAUGCUUAGCACCUUUGACUCCUUCACUCUUUAGAGUGUCCAAAAAGGAAUUUCUUCUUAUGAUGUUGAGUCACUGUUAUUAAAAGGCAGUGAGAUUAAGAAAACUCUCAAUAAGGGAUAGUAUUUGACAAAUAGUGAGGAGAAUUCAUGUGUAGAUCUUCGAGGCAAAGAGUCGAGAUGACAUCUUUUAUUCUGAGUUCAAGUGUUUUUUUCGGUGGUUAUUAUAUUUCUACUUGACGAUUGUUUUUUGUGGUGUGUUGAACAACUCUGUUGUAAAAAAGAUGAUGUAGGAAGAACGAUUGAUAUUGACAUAAAACUUUCAUGUUUUGUUUACAGUCCAAGUCACGAACACCACCUCCUCCCCCCUGGGGAGAAAGUUCUCGUCGUUGUGAGUGAGAAAGAGACUAGCUCUAUCAUAGCUUACACACUGAGGUGAGACGCGUGAGUAGGCACGCAUAGCGUGCAGAUGAAAUUUCGGUUUUCCCAAACUUUGUGUCUAACACGUGUGACGGGUGGUAGUUCUAGAAAAGGUUAUCCCUGAAAGUAUGACUAAACCUCACCAAUUUGCUGUGAUGAAAGCUGAUAUCCUCCUCAAAAUUAUGAAUUCGUUGCCACCGAGAUUCGCAAUAUUCUGUAUAGAGGAACCAGUUGUAUACCCCACUCCCCUUUCGUAACUCUCCCCCCUCCUCUUUACUCCAAUAUUGUGUAUUUCUGUAUUUUGAAUGAGAUUACGGGGGGUGGGGAAUUUAGUCUAGAUUUGGUGAGCUUUGAACUUAUUCUUGAGGGAAGGGGUUGUAGUAAUGAGGUAAGGUAGUUUUAAACUUCAUUUCUGAAAUGCGGCCACGCGAAUACUAUGUGGAAAGUUAGUUUCACGCAGAUUAUGUCUUUUGGCUCAACUGUUUUAUUGAACAAUUAAACGUGCAUGAAAUUUAUUGGUUUGGUUUACGACGACCAUGCGUGGUCAAAUGUUUCUUUGAUUUUGUUUCAGUACAAAGGAAUACAACGAACGCUUGCUUCAAAUUCAGCAGACGCUAUCAGAGAUCAAGAACGGGGCAGCUAGAGAACACUUACAGGGCAAAGGGUGAAUAUAGAUUGUUUUGUAUUAUCGGUACUCCUCCCUCUGGCUUACAAGAUUUUAUGACGAGUCACUCCCGAGUCAAUCUAGGUUGUGUGACAAGUUAGGGAAAUAGUGUCACGUAGAUAGUAAGGUUUUAUCAUUUGUUAAAUCAUUUUCAUGGAAGGCUGUUCUUUCACUUGAUCUCUUUCACAGAACAAUUUCCGUGUUUGCUCCGUUUCUAGGUCGUCUUUACAGGAAUCUUUUUAGAGUAGCCUAUCUGUUCUUUUAUCAUUCAAAUCGAGCGAUAUCACCGACAAGAACAGCGACACUUAACAAGGUUUUUUUUAACACUUUUCCAGUCUCUCAUUUUUUUCUGGCCUCAGGUUUUCGGUGUCUUUGUGCACUUUUAUUCAAGUCUUGUUUUCGUCUAAGUUCACCUCAGCGACGCAAUUUCCCACAUUUUCUCUUCUCACGUGUUUCUAUGCUCUCCAAGAUAAUUUUUCCCGCGCUUCCAAUCAUUCACACGUUUACCCACACUUGACAAGUUUUUUUUCAGGCAACGAUUCUUUAAUGUCUCAUUUUAAGCGCGUCAUUAACAAGCACGACAGAGCUAACGUUCUAACAAUUUCGUUAUUUCAGGGACGUCAUUAAAACUGGAGAUUUAUCUGUCAAAAGCCUUUCACAUCUGGGCAGUCAUUGUGGUACGCAGACGUACAUUAGAGUUGAUUCCGGUCCAGAGGGGGGAGAAGGUAAUUUUUUUCUUAGAAAUGAUAGAUCAAUGUCAGUAUUUGAGAAAAUGCGUGGUAACAAGGAAGGGUCAACGGAUACUCGGAUACUGACAUUGGUCCCUGAUCACUAGGCUUUCUUCUCGCGGAAAUGACCAUAUUUCGCUGUGUGACUGCGAACUUCGUGAUACAAAUUUGAGGACAGGGUGAAAAUAUGCAGCCUCUUCUUCUACUGUUUUGUUUUUAUCCAUUCUCCGGUUUUUUAAGCUGGGGAAAUCUGAAUAUCAGAAAAUGUGAUCUAAUCGAUAACUUGAUGGAUCGUGAAGCGUUGAGGAGAAUUACAUUUUUCAAGGAAAAGAGAAUGAGCAAACUUUCAAGUUAUUUAUAUCAGUAGUUCUGUGCGGCGUUUUAUCUUCAUCAGUUUGUAAACACGGCGAAAAGAUUUGUUAAUGAAACUUUUUGUGGCGUAUUAAACCUCCCCUUUUGUUAAAAAUAACUUUAUUGAUAUAUUUAAUCGGGAAAGUGUUGUCUCUAGGACGUGGUAUAGGGGUAAGGGCUCUAUAAAUGGGCUUCUGAACAGAGUGGCUCUGGAAUGAAUAUCGCCCAGCGUUUUAACCCUUAAAUCGGCGAGAGUGACCAGCAUCUAAUUUCUCCUUCCAAUAUCACCCAUAAAUCAAACAUUAAGGUCAUGAGAAUAAAGGAGAUGAUGAUUAAUUGAAGAACCUCUUGAUUGUUAAGCAAGUUCUCCUUGCAAGUACGUUAGGAAACGUAUAGAGAUCGGCAUGGAGAAUAUGCAUACUGAUGUUAGAGUGUACAGGGUUAAACCAGUAAGAGCAGUUUCGAUCUACGUCUGAGGCCCCACAGCUUCGCUAACUAAAGCACUCUUUCGCUCAGGUUAUGUGCAUUUAGACAUUGUGAAUCCCGAAACGGGAUUGGCAGUGGGAGAAGAAGGGGAAACGCCUUCUGUUGCCAAAGAAAAGUUAGAAUUCAUGAGCAAGAGUCAAGAAUUCCACGCAGAGCCUGAGCCACAGGCCACCCAACAUGCUAAACAUCGAAAAGUGGAGAGAGUUGUGUUUACAAAAGGGAAGAACAACGCCCCUUGUCCCAAAGACGACGCAAAGAAGGUGGAGAAUAACGUACCGCCAGACAUUCCGGCACAAGAUGACAUCGGUAAGAAUGAACAAGAUUUUUUUUCGUGAACGAGUGAGACGGCUGGGUGCCAUAAAAGUAUUUCGAUGUUCUUGGGGAGGGGGAAGAGGCUUGUUAGUUAGGUGCCAAGAAAUAGUCUCCAAAGACGAGGAAGCUGAAGGAAGAUACUCUGACUGUAUCUUGUUCAAAAAAGGGGGAAAAAGAAGAAGCCUGGGAACAAUAUUGAUUAAAAAAGAAGAAUAUGGACUAUUUAAGUCGUCGAGAUUUGCUCUUGAGAACCUCCUCGUGAAACGCAAUGGAAACACAAUUGAGGAAGAGUUGACCGAUAGCGACGUUUUUCGAGUUUCAUUUGAUGUCUGUGAUCUUCUGUCUUUCUCGUUAGGACUCCUGCAGUUUGGCUUUCAAAGGAAGGAUGCUAACCCAGCUGUGGAUUUUCAUGUUAAGCACCGUAAGAAAGUUUUGCUCGUUUGUUUGCACGUUUGUUUUACAGGGAGAGCCUUAAUUCAGAGCUUAAUGCGGGUCACGCAAAAGAAAGCGAGGGCAGGUCGCGUGACUGUUUCAACUUUUUCCUCUUAUGUUUUCCGAGACUAUUUGGUUUAGACUUUUUUUGACUCUUUGUUUUAAUUUCAGAGUUUGCUGACAGUACUUGCCGAUUUUACUGCAGUAUCUAUUACGCGGAGCAAUUCAGAUCUCUGCGAAAGAGGAUCUUUCCUGACGGCGAGGAGAAGUAAGUUAAUAACAUAGAUGUAUUUUUUCUUGGAUUUCCUUAACCUCAUUGAUACCUACACCAUUGCUGAAGCCGAUUCGUGUGGCACCUUGCGCAGGAGGAAAUGCCCAUUUGUUUUUAUUAAAAUAAAGUAGAAAGACAAAUUUCUUUGACUGAAAAAUAUGAAAGCUGCACGAUUGAAAUUGUCUUAGUGAAAUUGCCGAUAUUUUGUGUGUAUUCUGGAAGAUAUUAGCUAACGCCUUUGAAAGGCCUGGCGUCUAAUUUCUUCUUACAGUAUCACCCUUGAAUUAAAUGUUAAGGUCAUGAGAAUAACGGAAAUGAUCACCAAUUUAAGAAGCUAAAGAUUGUCAAACAAAUUCUCCUUGUCAGUACCACAGGAAAUGUGGAGAGAUCAGUGUGGAGAAUAUGAAUACUAAUAUUAGGGUGUAAAGGGUUACGGUUUUGGUUGAUAUUUUCCUGCUUACAGCCAUUUUUUUUUUGCCAAAAUUGCUAGACGAUCAUCGAAGCUUAGAGUAUGGUGAAAAUUACCCACAUUCUCCCCUCCCUUGCAACUGAAAGGUAUUCCAGUGCAGACAAUUUUUUGCACAUUGUAUCCUCUAGGUACAUCCGUUCCCUGCAGCAUUCAGUUUCAUGGGGAGCACUUGGUGGAAAAUCCGGAUCUGCCUUUUUCAAGUCAUUCGGUGAGAAACUAAAUGGAUACAAAGAAAAAAGAAAUCUACUAAUUUAGAUUAGAUAUUUCCGACUAUCCGCAGCGGUCACGUUGGAUUUUAUUUUUAUUUUCUGACGAUUUGUUUCAAGUCGGAUAUUCGAUGUUUUAACGCUUAUUUGUAACGUUCACAAAAUGACCGCUUUUCAAGAAGAAAUACAUCUGGCAUCUGAACUGCCGUUGGCUUCAUUAACCCUCGUCUCUCAUUCAACCUUGCUCAAACACAGAAAACGAAGUGCAACAUUGCACUAAGGAAGAUGAGUCGAAAAUAAGGUUUAAAGAAAGAAAAUUGAGAUCCUUCUCCACACAAUUGCGAAUUCAUUGGUAAUGUGUCAACGAUAACUUUACAGAUGACCGGUUUGUCAUGAAGCAGAUGUCAAGACUGGAGUUGCAGUGUUUUCUGGAGUUUGCACCACACUACUUCUGCUACAUCAAUAAAGCUCUAGAUGAACAGGUAUGGUAGGGGAACGUGGUGGGGUAGUGGUAACGUUGUGGUAUCCGGACUCGAGGCCUAAAUGGAGUCGCUACAUUAUGUUCAUGGAGAAGAUUAUUUGCUCCCACAAUGCCUCUCUCUACUCAGAGGUGUAGAUGGGUACCAACGAAAUACCGAAAGAAGAGGGGUGAGGUAUUGUGCUUGAGUAGCAUCAUAUCCUGGGGGGUGAGUAAAACUACGAUAGAGCCCAGUCUGCGCUCUCGCAGAAUGAGUUACUCUGUUCGUGUGCAGAUCUCUGCCUUUAAAAAGCGAUGAUGGGGUUACCCAACACGAUGACUUUACUUGCACUUCAUACUUUGCACUCUGGUAGUAAAUUUCCUUCGCAUAGCAUCAGAAAAUGGAUUCAUAUUGUUUUUUUGUUUUCUUGAUAGCGACCGACCUUGUUGGCAAAGAUCCUGGGGAUAUACCGGAUUGGUUACAAGAACUCACAGACAGGUGCUACGAUGAGACAGGAUGUGCUUGUUAUGGAAAAUUUGUUUUACGACCGCAAAAUCGACAAGGUAUGAAACUGGAGUAUCUUACCAAUAAAAUAGAAAAAUCUACGACAUGUAAUUUACAAUAAUGGUCUUUUUUCUUCUUUUCCUUUUUUUUUUAUUUGCGCAAAUUUUUCACAAUUCGGUGGGACCUUAGAUCUCUAAGCUCGAACUCUUUCAAAGUUGCCUUUUUGCGACAUUAAGUCUUAACUGGUCGCAAGAAUUAAUUCAAGUUUUCUAUCUGAAACUUGACGCCUAAUGCUUUAUUUCUUCAGACUUUCGAUUUAAAAGGUUCCAUGAGAAGCCGGUACGUUCAGACUUCCGGGAUGAAGAACGAUGUAUUACUGGACGAGAACCUGCUUGAAAGUGAGUCAAAGAGGACUGAAUCGAUUCUUUUUAUGGGUUUUUGUGGUAAAUUUACCGUUGUAACCCCUUGUAAAUCACGUUAGUUUCUAUUUGGACUUUUAGGCUCUGACAGAGUACUGUAUUCUUCCCGCGCCUGCCUUUGUUGGUAUGUUUCCCGCUCUUUCUCAGCGGUUACUCGCUGGAGGAAUAUUUCUCGUGCUAACUACUAACGGUUUGUUUCGCGCGUUUUUUUUUUCGCAUGCGUUCUGCCCUUUCUACUUAGAAACAUUUCUGGUAUCUGCAGAAUUUCUGUUUGUCGCUGGGGAUUUUCCACGAGUCGUUGACAAACAACACCCUGUUUAAUUAUACAGCAAUUAAUUUCAACUCCUUUUUCUGUUCCAGUGAUCCGUGAGUGCCCGAUAUUUAUCCGCCCGCAUUCCAAAGCCAUUCUCUCACGUGCUAUUGACAACGACACCGAGUUCCUUGCUCAGCAGAUGGUGAUGGAUUAUUCACUGUUGGUAGGCAUAGACGAAGCCCGGUCUGAACUGGUCACCGGAAUCAUAGGUGAGUCAGGCAGAGCUUCGUAAAAAGGGACAGCAUUAGGCAGGGUUGUCAAAACGUAUGAAAGUAGAAGACAAGUAAGGCCAUUGUGAACGCCAUUUACUUCCUUCAGAUUUCGAGUAAGACGGAGAGCUAUUCAUUUAAAAUGUCCAAAGCGCUCCGCGAAGGUUACACUAAACCCUCGAAAGAAUUCGGAACGUGGACCCUGUUCACACACCUGUUAAAUUUUGUGUCUAAUCCCACUCAAAGCUGCGUAAUGGCUGCUGUACAAUUGCAUUUCAACUGUACGAUUUUUCAUCGGCAGUUAUAGUUAAAUAAGAUGAAAGUAGCCGGUUCAAAAUGGCAGGCUAGCCGGCAGUGUUGGCCGACUGCAGACUCUUAUUAACAGCUUUGCUUAGGCCCGGUGCAGACGCUGUACUCCACAUAAGCCUUAUCUAAUUCUGUAAAUCAGGUCUACGCGAAGUUCGGCUUCUCAGUCAAUUCGAUACAGUUGAUGGAAUUCCGUUCGACUCAGCUUUUCCUUACAUCAUGCUCACGUAACAUGUACGACAAGUUGUGCGUGAAAAUGGAGAUCUUUUUCAUGCACUUUUCUGUUCUGUAGAUUUUAUUCGAACAUUCACUUGGGAUAAGAAGUUGGAGAUGUACGUAAAAGCCAGCGGCAUUCUCGGAGGCCAAGGAAGAAUGCCUACAGUAGUGUCCCCGGAGUUGUACAGGACACGAUUCACUGAGGCCAUGCACAGAUACUUUCUUAUGGUCCCUGAUAAAUGGACAGGGCUUGGAAGUGACCUUGACUAAGGGGCCAUUGUAGACGUGUACCUCUCAUCAAAGCCUUGUUCAAAUACUUCAGUGGUGAUUUCAAAAUAAUGGACCGUGCUUGGAAGUGAACACGUUUAAGAUACCGCCAUGUUGUCCUCAUUUUACUUUGGUGCAUGAUUCACGGAAGCCUCCCAUAGGUGCUUUAUUAUGGUUCUUAGUUGAGAAAUAGUCCGGUUCUGAAUAAGGGACUUCUUUGCUGUUGCUCGGGGUGCUGGGAACUGAUUGGACGGCAUCCAUUUUACACAAAUCCCUCUUACAUCCGCUUCUAAUUGUAGCCGCAAUUGCUAGGAUACGUUCUGGAAUUAGAGGAUACAGCAGAUCAAGACACGAACGCUUUUUGCCACAGACGAUCAUUCUUAGACAGAUAUACUUGCAUACUUCAGGGGAAGGGAGGGGCUACAUGUUCCCUUGUUGACGAUAUUUGUAAUUGAAUGUAUAAUUUAUGUAACGAAAAGUUUGUAUAGAAUUUAAUGAAAUUGUAAAUUAUUUGUAGAAAUGAUGAAUGGAGAGGAAGAUUGACAUUUUCUUAUUAAAACAGAGAUAACGAAAAUGAUACGCGCAUAUUGAAAAAAAUGUUGAAACUGAUGGGGUAAUGUUUGUUAUUCUAGUGGUUUCUAUGUAUUUAUGGCAGCCUUUAUUAAUUUUACUUUUUUUUUUCUUAAUGUGACAUUUCGUCAAUGUUAGACUUGUCAUCAGACAGGUGUGUUAAUAAAUUAAGAGAUAACGAAACAAUUUUUAUGAUUAAAGAGCAGAAAGGGGUAUCUUAUUGAGCGGAAAUAAAAAAUGUUACUUCCGCGUUUGGCGCAAAUUUAUAACUUGGAAUUUAGGAAAUGGAGCUGCUUAGUAAAAGCCCGUUUUAAUGCAGUGAAUCACACACCACAGAAUAAAACAAAGCUCCUACUUUUAGCCUGAUCUGUUUCUUAAGAACAGGGUAAUUUAUUAACGUAAAUUGGCCACCGUAAAGAGUUUAAAAGCUGACGUUUCGGGUGUUUGCGCUUCGUCAGAGCGAUUGGAGGAAUUGUGGGUUGUGUGUUUUUAUAUGCAGAAAAUAGAGCUACGCCAUUGGUGGGAGUAUGAUGACGAGAAAACAAGAAUAAAUUCCAAUCGCUCUGACGAAGGGCUAACGCUCGAAACGUCAGCCUUUUAACUCUUAACGGUGGCCAAUUUACGUUUUCAACUCAGUUGUUAACACUAAAUUACAUGCUACACUCUUCCACCGACGCAGCAGCACAGUUUCUUUAGAAACUUACCUCCUUUAUUCAAGAAUAAAUUAGUUGAAUGAAAAGUGCUCGUUGAUGCCGUAGAGAUUAAGAGUGCCGAUUUGAAAGAUAAAUUUUUGUUCUGGAGUUUUGCGGCUUUCCGAACUAGGG